AUGGAGAAAACACAGAAGGAGAUCAUGGAGUCGGAUCAGUCGCUGAAACUUGCUGUAGCAAUCGCACUCGUCCGAUCGAAGCUACUCGGGAAGUCAUCUUCUGAUUUAUCUUCUUCUAAUUCGGAACCCGACGCUCAACGAUGGAAGCGAAAGGCGAAAGAAAGAAAAUGGGAACUUUUGAGGCUCAAGGAAGAACUUCUCUUUGUUCUCCAUCGUAGCUCUUUCAGUGGAAAUAGGAGAGCAUUGGCUUUGGAAGUUUCUCUUCUCUUUGUUUCAGAUGGAAUACAGUACGAUUUGUUCCCGCAGAGUGCGUCAUGUAAAUGCUAUUUCUUUGAUAAAUUGGGGGAAUUGAAUCCUAAGCGAUUGCAUUUGGAAUAUGACUCCGAUCAACGAGUCAAUGAGGUUUUGCGUCGGAGAUUUCUAAGACAAGUGCGUUUGAACGAAAGGAGGAGAAAACCAGAUGACUCUGUACGCAUACGACGUAUUUUGGACUCAAACAGUGGAGAUGAGAUAGAGCAGCUAAGUACUUCAGUUGAUUUUCUGGUGGAGCUCUGCGACUCUGUUUCCCCUCUAAAUGACACCUCCUUCGCUAAUUUGUCACAUCAAGCUGUAGACUUCAUUUUAGCUUCACUAGAGAUUUUGCUAUCCAAAGGAAACAAUAAAGAAGCUAUUGAAGGGAUUAUCAAUAAAUUGAUUAUGCGAUUGGUCAGAAGAAUGGGUGACCCCUCACAGAAAGAUGAAUCAUCUAAUUCUGGUUCUUAUCUGCAAUUCUAUGUUCAACACUUAAUUCGUAAGGUUGGACGGAAGUCAUACAUUGGCCAACGUGCAAUGCUUAUGGUUUCUCAGAGGAUUUCUGUACUGGCGGACACUUUGCUUUGCAUGGAUCCAUUUGAUGGUGCUUUCCCUAAUAUGCACAGCUGUAUGUUUAUGAUGAUCCAGCUUACUGAGUUUCUGAUAUCGGAUUAUACCCAGACAUGGACAACUGAUGAAGGUUUUGAAAACAAACUGUUUGAAGAAUGGGUGAGGUCAGUUAUUCACGCCCGUAAGGCAUUAGAACUCUUGGAAAGUAGGAAUGGGCUUUACAUGCUGUACAUGGAUCGAGUAACUGGUGAGUUGGUUAAACAAGUUGGCCGGGUUUCUUUUCUCCCGGAACUGGAUCCAGAUAUUCUUGAUGGUCUGGUCCGCUGACUGUUGUUUGCAAAAUAAUCGAGUUAGAAGCAGUUGUUUCUGUUCACUUUCAUUAAACUGAUGAAGUUGCAGAUUUGCAAAAGUUUAGAUUUUCACUCUCUCUCUCUCUCUCUCUCUCUCUCUCUCUCUCUUUCUUUCUCUCUCUCUCUCUCUGUCAAUAUUCUGAAGUCCAGAUGGAUGUUGAACAGUGUUAGUUCGGAUCUGCCAAAUUGAGAAUAAA